CGUUCGCGGCCGUGGAAGGUCACUUCGUGAGGUUGAGGCGAAGAAGAGCGGUCGCUGUAUUUUUUUGCCGCCACUUACCGCUAAGCUUCAUCUUGUCUUCCCAAAAGUUUGAUUCACGUAUUUGGAACGUAUAGCGGCCGUCAUGAGCACACACACGAAGUACCAGACUCCGCUGUCAUCGCGCUAUGCAAGUGCCGAGAUGUCUUUCCUGUGGAGCGACCAAAAGAAGUUCUCGACCUGGAGGAAGUUAUGGAUCUACCUGGCUACAGCCGAAAAGUCCCUGGGGCUCCCCAUCACUGACGAGCAGAUCAAGGAAAUGCAGGACCACGUGGACGAGAUUGACUUUGCGGCGGCAUCUGAAGAAGAGCGCCUGACACGCCACGACGUGAUGGCCCAUGUGCACGUCUUUGCCAAGCAGUGCCCCAAGGCGGCACCAAUCAUCCACUUGGGGGCCACCUCCUGCUACGUUGGCGACAACACGGAUUUGAUCCAACUCAAGGAGGCCUUUGGAAUCCUUCUGCCCAAGCUUGCCCGUUGCAUCCAGCGGCUUGCAAAGUUUGCAACUGAGUACGCCACGAUUCCAACACUUGGGUACACGCACUUCCAGCCGGCGCAGCUGACGACGGUGGGCAAGCGGGCGUGCCUGUGGGUGCAGGACCUGCUGAUGGACCUGCGCAACCUGCAGCGGGCGCAGGCGGACCUGCGCUUUCGCGGGGUCAAGGGCACCACGGGCACCCAGGCCAGCUUCCUGCAGCUUUUCGAGGGCGACCACGCCAAGGUGCAGGAACUCGAUCGGCUUGUCACCAAGAUGGCCGGAUUCGAAAAGGCCUACGUAGUCUGCGGCCAGACCUACAGUCGCAAGGUCGACAUCGACUGCCUCGCAGCACUGGCCAGCCUCGGUGCCUCAGUUCACAAGAUCUGCACCGACCUCCGGCUGCUGGCGCACAUGAAGGAAGUGGAGGAGCCCUUUGAGAAGACUCAGAUCGGGUCGUCCGCGAUGCCGUACAAGCGCAACCCAAUGCGAAGCGAGCGGUGUUGCUCCCUGUCGCGCCACCUGAUGGCGCUAGUGGCCGACCCACUCACCACGCAGGCCACCCAGUGGAUGGAGCGCACCCUCGACGACAGCGCCAACCGGCGUAUCUGCUUGGGCGAGGCGUUCCUCACGGCGGACGUGGUGCUGAACACCCUGCAGAACAUCUCCGAGGGCCUGGUCGUCUACCCCGAGGUGAUCAAAGCCCACAUCCGCCAGGAGUUGCCCUUCAUGGCCACAGAGAACAUCAUCAUGGCCAUGGUCAAGGCCGGCGGCAACCGACAGGACUGCCACGAGCGCAUUCGCGUCCUGUCACACGAGGCAGCUGCCCAGGUCAAGGAAAAAGGCCUGUCCAAUGACCUGGUGGAGCGCAUCCGGGCUGACUCCUACUUUGCCCCGAUUCACCAGCAGCUCGAUUCACUGCUGCACCCUUCGUCAUUCACUGGGCGGGCCUCUGAACAGGUGAAGGAGUUUGUGGAGAAGGAGGUGAUGCCUGCCCUGGAGCCGUACAAAGCGCACAUGAACGUCGACGCCACCGUCCAGCUGUGAAUACUCGGUUGUUGACGUUGUUGCCACUGAGGUUACAUUAGCUGCAAGGCAGCAAUUAGCUGUUCAAUCUAAGAGCGAAAAAAUGAAACAGUUAUUUUCCAUGUCCUAAAAUAAAUAUGUGCUGCAUUUGUUAA